AUGACAAUGCGGACAUCAAGCAGAAUGGACAAUGCAAAGAAAUGGCUUGGACUCAGUUUUUGCUUCAUGAUGAACCUCAUUACGACUGUAUUAUCUGGAACCAGCAGACCUCCAAGCAAAGGCCAAGGACAAAGUCUCUCAGACAACUUGCUUCUGCAUCAACGAAUGAAGAGGAGUUGGGUGUGGAACCAGUUCUUUGUUCUGGAAGAAUACACUGGAACGGAUCCUUUGUAUGUUGGAAAGCUCCAUUCUGAUAUGGACAGAGGAGAUGGAUCGAUCAAAUAUAUUCUCUCAGGAGAAGGAGCAGGAAUUGUUUUUACUAUUGAUGACACUACUGGAGAUAUCCAUGCCAUUCAGAGACUAGAUCGAGAAGAAAGGUCUCAGUAUACCUUAAGGGCCCAAGCCUUGGACAGACGAACAGGCAGACCAAUGGAACCAGAAUCUGAAUUUAUCAUCAAAAUCCAAGAUAUCAAUGAUAAUGAACCCAAAUUCCUAGAUGGACCAUAUGUUGCUUCAGUUCCAGAAAUGUCACCAGUGGGCACCUCUGUUAUCCAAGUGACAGCAACAGAUGCUGAUGAUCCUACCUAUGGGAACAGUGCCAGAGUAGUCUACAGUGUUCUCCAAGGACAGCCAUAUUUCUCUGUGGACUCCAGAACAGGCUUAAUUAGGACAGCACUAAUGAACAUGGACAGAGAAGCAAAGGAAUACUACGAAGUUAUUAUCCAAGCCAAAGACAUGGGUGGACAGCUGGGAGGAUUAGCCGGAACAACCACAGUCAAUAUUUCUCUCUCUGAUGUUAAUGAUAAUCCACCCAGAUUUCCACAGAAGCAUUAUCAGUUGAGCGUACUGGAAUCUGCUCCAGUCAGUUCUACUGUGGGUCGUGUUCUUGCUAAAGACUUGGACGAAGGCAUUAAUGCUGAGAUGAAAUACAGCUUUGUGGAUGGAGAUGGAUUGGAUGUCUUUGAUAUUACCACUGAUCCUAAUUACCAAGUUGGCAUCAUCACUGUGAGAAAGCCACUGAGCUUUGAGACCAAGAAAAGUUACACUUUAAAAGUGGAAGGUGCCAAUCCACACCUAGAAAUGCGUUUCUUGAAUCUAGGUCCGUUUCGUGACACUACGACUGUGCACAUCAGUGUGGAAGAUGUGGAUGAACCUCCAGUCUUUGAGCCUAGCUUUUAUUUUGUGGAGGUACCUGAAGAUGUGGACAUUGGGACCACCAUACAAAUGAUAUAUGCCAAGGACCCUGAUGUGAUCAACAACUCAAUCAGAUAUUCCAUUGAUCGAAGCAGUGAUCCUGGACGCUUCUUUUACGUGGACAUCAUCACAGGUGCUCUGAUGACUGCAAGACCUCUGGAUCGGGAAGACAUUUCAUGGCACAAUAUCAGUGUGCUGGGUGUAGAAAUGAACAAUCCUUCACAGGUUGGCAGUGUUUCAGUGACAAUAAGAGUCCUGGAUGUAAAUGACAAUGCACCAGAAUUUCCCAGGUUCUAUGAGGCAUUUGUCUGUGAAAAUGCAAAAGUUGGACAGCUGAUCCAGACAGUAAGUGCAGUAGACCAGGAUGACCCACAAGAGGGACAGCACUUCUACUACAGCCUGGCUCCGGAGACAGCAAACAACCCUAAUUUUACUCUAAGGGACAAUCAAGACAACACAGCUUGGAUUUUAACCAAGAGAUCGGGCUUUCGGCAACAUGAGCAGAACACCUUUUAUCUUCCCAUCUUAAUAGCUGAUAAUGGACGUCCUGUGCUAAGUAGCACUGGAACAGUAACCAUUCAUGUUUGCAGCUGUGAUGAAAAAGGUCUUGUGAUGUCCUGUAAUGCAGAGGCCUAUGUACUCCCUGUCAGCCUGAGCAGAGGAGCUCUCAUUGCCAUUCUAGCCUGCAUCUUUGUUUUGCUAGUUCUGGUGCUACUGAUCUUAUCCAUGAAAAGACACCGGAAGCAGCCUUACAUGAUUGAUGAGGAAGAGAAUAUCCAUGAGAACAUUGUCCGAUAUGAUGAUGAAGGGGGCGGGGAAGAAGACACUGAGGCUUUUGACAUUUCUGCCCUGUGGAAUCCCAGAGAGGCCCAAGUAAUGAUGAAGAGCCGACAAGACAUGAUGCCAGAAAUUGAAAGCCUCUCAAGAUACGUUCCUCAGGCCUGCACGAUGGACAGCAGUGUUCACAACUAUGUGUUGGCCAAACUCUAUGAAGCAGACAUGGACCUCUGGGCACCUCCCUUUGACUCCCUCCAGACCUAUAUGUUUGAGGGCAAUGGCUCAGUGGCCGAAUCGCUCAGUUCCUUACAGUCUGUAACUACGGACUCAGAACAGAGCUACGACUAUCUGACAGACUGGGGACCUCGCUUUAGGAAGCUGGCCGAAAUGUAUGGUGCCACAGAGGGGAGUGGGGCUCUUUGGUAA